GCGCGCAACACGCUCGUCGCAGCGCCGCGUGAGAAAGAGAAGGCCACGAAAGAGGGCCCCGCCGCGAGGAGAAGCGCAGGGUCCUCACUACCUGGCGCCGCCUUCAGCGACGACGACGACGGGCCGUGAUGACGGCCGUGAUGACGAUCGACGGGUUCGCCAGGAACGUCUGCCACCCGCCCUGUAGAUUCUUCCAACGCCAAACACGUGGUCCUACGUUAUUGUCUCGCCGCCGCGCCGAGCGCAUCCGGGGAAUCCGGGGAUGCAGUAAAGCUGCACUGGUAGAAGUCGAGAUGUUGUGAUGGCUGGUAGGUCACGACGUUCGAGCACAGAGCUCGAACCGGAUUUAUCGACGCCAACUGCCUCGAAAAGAUCCAAGCAGUCCGAAAUCGCAUCCGAUUCGUCUGGAGAAAAGCACCUAACAAAAGUGAAAAGUAUCGAGACAUCGAGCACGAGUGAGAUACCUGUACAGAUAGAAAUCGUUUCGGAAGGAGAUAAACAACUUUCAGAUGUUACAGAGAUCUCUGCACAGACAGAGAUCGUUUCGGAAGGAGAUAAACAACUUUCAGAUGUUACAGAACAGGCAACAACAUCGAAGCAAUCAGUUUUAGUCAGUGAAACGUCCUCGGAAUCGACUAAACAAUCGUCUCAAACAGAUCUCCCCAGACAAAAGAGUGAUAUCGCAUCGACUUCAACGGAAGCGAUCCCGAGUACAUCGAGAGAAGAGCAGCUCAAGACAUUAAAAUCCGUUGUAAUGAAGUACAGCGAUCAAGGUGAGCUCUCUGUUCCUUCCGGAAGAAGAUCAGAAGAGACGACGAUACAAAGUUUCUCGCUGCGUGAACGAGCGUCGUUCGAGAAUUUGUCCGUUAUCGGGAAUGGCGCUUAUGGGACAGUGUACAAAGCUACAGAUAAGAAUAGUGGUCAAACUGUAGCGCUUAAGAGAGUCAGGAUACCUUUGACGGAGGAUGGUCUGCCUACGUCCACAGUAAGGGAAAUUGCUGCCUUGAAGUCGCUCGAGCAAUACGAGCACCCACAUAUUGUCAGAUUAUUGGAUAUCUGCCAAGGAGGAGAUUAUCUUGAUGUAUCAUCGGGUGAUGGUACAUUCGAAAGACCGGAACAUGAUAUCACUUUUUGGUUGGUGUUCGAACACGUAGAAAGAGAUCUCGCUUCGUACAUAGCCAAUUAUCGGAAUAGCUCGCCCCGAUCAAGUAUCCCACCGUAUCUUGUGAGGCAAAUGUUAAAAGAGAUACUCUGUGGAGUGGAGUUUCUACAUAGCCAUAGAAUAAUACACAGGGACUUGAAGCCACAGAAUCUUCUAGUAACGCGGGAAGGGAGAAUCAAGAUCGCGGAUUUUGGUCUAGCCAAGACGUACGGUUUUGAAAUGAGAUUAACUUCCGUGGUUGUAACCCAAUGGUAUCGAGCACCCGAAGUACUUUUAGGAUGUUCCUAUGCUACUCCUGUAGAUGUUUGGUCUGUCGGAUGCAUAUUAGCAGAACUUUGCAAGUUGGAACCGUUAUUCCCAGGUACCAGUGAAGGUGAUCAACUGGAUAGGAUUUUCCAAGUUUUGGGUACUCCGUCACAGGAAGAAUGGCCGGAGAAUGUAUCGCUCAAUUGGAAUGCUUUUCCAUACAGACAUCCGAGACCUCUCAGUCUAAUAGUACCAGAUCUCAAUGAAGAUGGAUUAGACUUAAUAAAGAACAUGCUCAUGUUUGAUCCUCAUAGUCGUAUAACUGCAGCUCAAGCCGUAAGACACCGAUACUUUUCCGAGGAGGACGUACAAUGA